AUGGCUGCCCAUUCGACACAUUUCUCACUCCCCCGAGACAAACACGUCAAGGGUCAGAAGACGAGGGAGUCAGUAUCCUCAGUCAACCACAAAGGCCAGAUUGCAAGAGAGAUCACUUUGUUUCCACCGAUACACGAGGGUAUCUCUGCUGCGGUAAGAAAGACGUUUGUCGCGAGGGAGACAGCAACCAAUGAUCAUUACGGGCACAUCUUUUGGUCAAGUCGCACACAUCAUCCCUUUCGCCUGGAACAAAGGCGACACCAUCAAUCCGACACACUUCAUAUACGAAACGUGCCCAUCAAGCAUCACGAUCGACUUUGGCACGGCUCUAUUGCGCCGAAGCAGAGGGAGAAGACUCCCAACCCUAUCACUAUCUAG